CGGUCACCAUGACGGCCUCCGCUGCCUCGCUCGUCGCGCUGUCGGUGCUGAGCAUCGCCGCCUGCAGGCAGCUUGAACCGAAGGGGCGAACCCAAGUGCCUUCCGGUGUCAACAGUCCCCACAAAAUUGCAUUUGAAUACGUGACGGGCAGUUCAUCGUCGUCACAAAUGGCAGGGUCACACGGGGAUUCGUGGACAGGCAGUUACGCGUCGUUAGCGACGGUACCCUCUACAGUAAACUCUCUUGCAACGGAAGCUCAGACUGCGAAGCCCUCCACGACCAACCCUCCUGCGGUUAACCCGACAACCAAGCCACCAACGACUGGGGCAUGCCAGUGCGGGGUUGCCAACCCAACGCGCAUCGUAGGAGGAGAAGAAGUCCAACCCGCCCACAAGUACCCGUGGCAAAUAGGUCUCAAGUAUAAGGGAGGCAAUGGGUACUGGUGUGGAGGCGCCGUCAUCAACGACCGCUACAUCCUGACCGCCGCCCACUGCCUAUUUGACUCCGACGGCAACCAGGAGUCUGCUGAAGGCCUCGUGGUUGGCGUUGGCGAUCACCUCAUGAGCUCCACUUCCGACGAUGUGGCUGCAACUGAGCUAAUCAGUGUGGAGAAGGUCAUUCUGCACCCACAGUACAAUAAACAGACAUUUGAUAAUGAUAUAGCUCUUUUAAAGUUGUCCAAAGUCCUAACUUUCUCCACGGAGGUGCGACCUGUCUGCCUUCCUGAGAACGACAGCAAAACCUACGCAGGCGCAGAAGGCAUUGCCUCCGGCUGGGGCACGCUGUCCUCGGGGGGAAGUCAGCCCAAUCAGCUGAUGGAGGUAACCGUGCCCAUCCUGGACCCAAGCUGCUGGGGCCAGUCGGUGACCGAAAGGAUGCUGUGCGCAGGAUACCCGAAGGGCGGCAAGGACACCUGCCAGGGAGACUCCGGAGGACCUCUAUGUGUAGUGGAGGGCAACAGGUAUUAUGAAGUCGGCGUGACGUCCCACGGCAGCGGCUGUGCUGAUGCCAACAGCCCCGGAGUGUACUCCAGGGUGAGCAAGUUUCUUUCCUGGAUCUUGGUGAACACCGCGGACGCCGCCUACUGCUGAGGCCGCACUAAGGGCGUCACUUCCUUUCAGCUACAGAUCCUCUGAGGUUGCCGGGAACUCUCACGAUCCAGAAACACUUCAAUCCGAUUGAUUGGUCAGUAAAAAAAUGGACAAGCGAAUUAAAAAAUAGAUAAGCAAUCAAAAGUCAUAAUUUACCAUUUGAGACCUAAAACAACUGAUACGUAAGUGGAUAGAAUUCUAAUUUAUUAAAGG